UUGCUUCCUGCCGCAGCAGCUGGUGGCCCGGCCGCUCGGCUCUGGCGCUCCAGGGGCGGCUGACUGCGUCUGAGCGGGGUGAAGCGGCGGCCGGGGUGGACAGGGGCCAGCGGGGCCAGGGCGGGAGGCGCAGACACAUGAAAUGGCCACAGAUGAUAAGACUUCCCCAACAUUGGACCCUGCUAAUGAUUUGCCUCGGUCGCCUACGAGUCCUUCUCACCUCACACACUUCAAGCCUUUGACUCCUGAUCAGGACGAACCUCCUUUUAAAUCAGCGUAUAGUUCUUUCGUAAACCUCUUUCGAUUUAACAAAGAGAGGGCAGAAGGGGGCCAGGGAGAGCAGCAGUCUCUGAGCGGAAGCUGGACCAGCCCUCAGCUCCCGUCUCGGGCGUCCCGGGCGCAGUCGGUGAGGUCGCCUAUACAUUACAAGAAGCAGCCUAAUGAGGAUCUGCAGCGGCGCUCCUCGGCCGUCCUCGCAGAGAGCAGUCUGCCACCCCCCCAGGAGAGCCCAGAGACAAGAAGGAAAGCAGAACACACCUUUGGAGGUCAUGACCCCCGGACAGCUGUUCAGCUUCGGAGUCUCAGCACAGUGUUGAAACGGCUCAAGGAGAUCAUGGAGGGGAAAAGCCAGGAUAGUGACCUGAAGCAGUACUGGAUGCCAGAUAGCCAGUGUAAAGAGUGCUAUGACUGUAGUGAGAAAUUUACGACCUUUCGACGCAGGCAUCAUUGCCGACUCUGUGGGCAGAUUUUCUGCAGCCGUUGCUGCAAUCAAGAAAUCCCUGGAAAAUUUAUGGGCUACACAGGUGACCUACGAGCUUGUACAUACUGUAGAAAAAUAGCCUUAAGUUACGCCCAUUCCACAGACAGUAAUUCUAUUGGGGAAGACUUGAAUGCGCUUUCAGACUCAGCUUCCUCCGUGUCCGUGCUUGAUCCCAGCGAACCCCGGACCCCGGUGGGCAGCAGAAAAGCCAGCCGCAACAUAUUUUUAGAGGAUGAUUUUGCUUGGCAAAGUUUGAUUCAUCCGGACUCUUCAAAUACCGCUCUUUCAACGAGACUCGUGUCUGUUCAAGAGGAUGCUGGGAAAUCUCCUGCUCGAAAUCGAUCAGCCAGCAUUACUAACCUCUCACUGGAUCGAUCCGGUUCUCCCAUGGUACCUUCAUAUGAGACAUCUGUCAGUCCCCAAGCUAGCAGAACAUAUGUUCGGACAGAGACUACUGAGGAUGAACGCAAAAUUCUUCUGGACAGUGCUCAGCUGAAGGACCUGUGGAAGAAGAUCUGCCAUCACAGUAGUGGAAUGGAGUUCCAGGAUCACCGCUACUGGCUGAGGACACAUCCCAACUGCAUCGUAGGAAAAGAGUUAGUCAACUGGUUAAUCCGGAAUGGACACAUUGCUACCAGGGUGCAAGCUAUAGCUAUUGGACAAGCCAUGGUUGAUGGACGUUGGCUGGAUUGCGUCAGUCAUCAUGACCAGCUGUUCAGAGAUGAGUAUGCGCUAUACAGACCACUGCAGAGUACAGAAUUUUCUGAGACCCCUUCUCCGGAUAGCGACUCCGUGAACUCUGUGGAAGGACACUCUGAGCCGUCUUGGUGCAAAGACAUCAAGUUUGACGACAGCGACACAGAGCAGAUAGCAGAAGAAGGGGACGACAAUUUGACUAAUUCUGCCAGUCCUAGCAAGCGUACAUCAGUCAGCAGUUUCCAGUCCACAGUGGACAGUGACUCAGCCGCUUCUAUCAGCCUGAACGUGGAGCUGGACAACGUGAACUUCCAUAUCAAGAAGCCCUCCAAGUACCCACAUGUGCCCCCUCACCCUGCUGACCAAAAAGAGUAUUUGAUUUCUGACAACGGAGGACAGCAGCUCUCAAUAAGUGACGCCUUCAUCAAAGAAUCCCUGUUUAAUCGUCGAGUAGAGGAGAAACCCAAAGAACUGCCUUUCACCCCUCUGGGCUGGCAUCAUAACAACCUGGAGCUGCGGGAGGAGAAUGGAGAGAAGCAGGCCAUGGAGAGGUUGCUUUCAGCUAAUCAUAAUCACAUGAUGGCACUACUCCAGCAGUUGCUCCAUAAUGAGUCAUUGUCACCAUCUUGGAGGGACAUCAUUGUGUCACUAGUCUGUCAAGUUGUUCAGACAGUCCGACCUGAUGUCAAGAUCAGGGAUGACGACAUGGAUAUCCGUCAGUUUGUCCACAUCAAAAAAAUUCCAGGUGGAAAGAAGUUUGAUUCUAUGGUUGUCAAUGGAUUUGUUUGUACCAAGAAUAUUGCACACAAAAAGAUGAAUUCGUGUAUCAAAAACCCUAAAAUCCUUCUGUUGAAAUGUUCGAUUGAGUAUCUUUACAGAGAAGAAACCAAAUUUACUUGCAUCGAUCCUAUUGUGCUUCAGGAAAGGGAAUUCUUAAAGAAUUAUGUCCAGCGAAUAGUUGAUGUUCGACCCACUUUGGUUCUGGUUGAGAAGACAGUAUCUCGGAUUGCCCAAGACAUGCUGUUGGAACAUGGCAUUACUUUGGUCAUUAAUGUAAAAUCACAAGUUUUAGAACGAAUCAGUCGUAUGACCCAAGGUGAUUUAGUAAUGUCUAUGGACCAGCUCCUUACAAAACCACAUCUGGGCACUUGUCACAAGUUUUAUAUGCAGAUGUUUCAGCUGCCUAAUGAGCAAACCAAAACGCUGAUGUUUUUCGAAGGCUGUCCUCAACACUUGGGCUGCACCGUCAAGCUGAGAGGCGGCUCCGACUACGAACUGGCCCGGGUUAAGGAGAUCCUGAUCUUCAUGGUCUGCGCCGCCUAUCACUCUCAACUCGAAAUCUCCUUCCUCAUGGACGAGUUUGCCAUGCCGCCCACACUGGCACAGAACCCGUCCUUCCAUUCUCUGAUCGAGGGCCGGGAGGACGACGGGGCGGCCCCGGAGCCGCCGUUCAGCGGGAGCCCCCUCCCCCGGGAGCCCGACUUCCCCGCAGAGUGCCUCCCCUCCGAGGACAGCGGCCCGCUGGAGCCAAGGGUGGUGUCCUUGGAGAAGGGGGACCAGGAAGCGAGGGGCGUGCCCCAGGAGGGCGCCUCCGCCAAGCCUCAGGAGUGCCCCGCCGCCGCAGCUGGCCCGGCCCCCGCUGUCCCCUGCGCUUUCUUCCCACCCGUCCCCGAGCCCUUGCUGCUACUGCGGCCAGCGCCGCCGGUGGUGGACGAUCCGCAGGAGGACGUCGCGGCCAGUGAGCCGGCGGCCACUUCGCAGCCAGCCGAUGAGCUGCAGGACCCCAAGGGCCAGAUGCGAGCCUUCAGGGACCCCCUUCAGGACGACACGGGGCUGUACGUCACCGAGGAGGUGACCUCCUCCGAGGACAAGCUCAAGACGUACUCGGCGGCCUUCAAGCAGGAGCUGAAGGAUGUGAUCCUCUGCAUCUCCCCCGUGAUCACCUUCCGGGAGCCCUUCCUGCUCACCGAGCGGGGGAUGCGCUGUGCCACCCGCGACUACUUUGCCGAGCAGGUGUACUGGUCCCCGCUCCUCAACAAGGAGUUCCGGGAGCUGGAGGGCCGCCGGAAGAAGCAGCUGCUGCGGGAUCUCUCCGGCCUGCAGGCCAUGAACGGCAGUGUCCAGGCCCGGUCCAUCCAGGUCCUGCCCUCGCACGAGCUCGUGAACGCCCGCAUCGCCGAGCACCUGGGGGACAGCCAGAGCCUGGGCCGGAUGCUGGCGGAUUUCCGGGCCCGGGGAGGACGGAUCCAGCAGAGGAGCGCCGACCCGUUCGCGCACGCCAAGGAGUCGCCGGCCACCUCCUCCGGGAGCAAGGCAGGAGGCAAAGGCGAGGGCGAGGAUGAGAAGGGUUUAAUGUCCAGUGAUGCGCUCUUGUCAGCCAAGGUGGACUGUCUGAACCCUGUUAACCACCAGAGACUGUGCGUGCUCUUCAGUAGCUCUUCGGCCCAGUCCAGCAACGCCCCCAGCGCCUGUGUCAGCCCGUGGAUUGUCACAAUGGAAUUUUACGGAAAGAAUGACCUUACACUGGGAAUAUUUUUAGAGAGAUACUGUUUCAGGCCAUCUUACCAGUGUCCGAGUAUGUUUUGUGAUACCCCCAUGGUGCACCACAUCCGACGCUUUGUUCAUGGCCAAGGCUGUGUACAGAUAAUCCUGAAGGAACUGGACUCUCCUGUACCUGGAUAUCAGCAUACAAUCCUCACCUACUCCUGGUGCAGAAUCUGUAAGCAGGUAACACCCGUGGUUGCUCUUUCCAAUGAGUCCUGGUCCAUGUCGUUUGCAAAAUACCUUGAGCUGAGGUUUUAUGGGCACCAGUACACCCGGAGAGCCAAUGCUGAACCCUGCGGGCACUCCAUCCACCAUGAUUAUCACCAGUAUUUCUCCUAUAACCAGAUGGUGGCCUCUUUCAGUUAUUCUCCCAUUCGGCUUCUUGAAGUAUGUGUCCCACUUCCAAAAAUAUUCAUUAAACGCCAGGCUCCAUUGAAAGUGUCUCUUCUUCAGGAUCUGAAGGAUUUCUUUCAGAAAGUUUCACAGGUUUACCUUGCUGUUGAUGAGAGACUUGCUUCUUUGAAAACGGAUACAUUCAGCAAAACUAGGGAAGAAAAAAUGGAAGAUAUCUUUGCACAAAAAGAGAUGGAAGAAGGUGAGUUCAAGAACUGGAUAGAGAAGAUGCAAGCAAGGCUCAUCUCUUCCUCCGUGGAUACCCCUCAGCAGCUCCAGUCUGUCUUUGAGUCACUCAUUGCCAAGAAACAGAGUCUUUGUGAAGUGCUCCAAGCUUGGAAUAACAGGCUGCAGGAUCUUUUCCAGCAGGAAAAGGGUCGAAAGCGGCCUUCAGUUCCUCCGAGUCCCGGAAGACUGAGACAAGGGGAGGAAAGCAAGAUUGGCGCGAUGGAUGCAUCUCCACGCAAUGUUUCCCCAGGACUUCAAAAUGGAGAAAAAGAGGACCGCUUCUUGACUACACUCUCCAGUCAGAGCUCCACCAGCUCUUCCCACCUCCAGCUGCCCACCCCACCCGAAAUCACACCGGAGCAGUCAGCCGGUCUGCCUGCCGACCUCGAUACCGCCAGCAGUUGUGAAGAUGUGUUUGAUGGACAUUUGUUGGGAUCCACAGACAGCCAGGUGAAGGAAAAAUCAACUAUGAAAGCCAUCUUUGCAAACUUGCUUCCAGGAAAUAGCUACAAUCCUAUUCCAUUUCCUUUUGACCCAGAUAAACACUAUUUAAUGUAUGAACAUGAACGAGUGCCCAUUGCAGUCUGUGAGAAGGAGCCUAGUUCCAUCAUUGCGUUUGCUCUCAGUUGUAAAGAAUACCGAAAUGCCUUAGAGGAGUUGUCCAAAGCGACCGUGCGGAACAGUGCCGAAGAAGGGCUUCCGGCAAAUAGCGCUUUCGAUAACAGACCCAAGACCAGCAGCCCCGUGCGGCUGCCGGAGGCCAGUGGAGGACCGACGAACCGCACAGCAGAAGCGGAUCCACAGCCUCAGCCAACCAAAAAGGCUUCUGGAAUGUUGUCCUUCUUCCGAGGGACAGCAGGGAAAAGCCCUGAUCUCUCUUCCCAGAAGAGAGAGACCUUACGUGGAGCAGAUAGUGCAUACUACCAGGUUGGGCAGACGGGCAAGGAGGGGACGGAGAAUCAAGGCGUUGAGCCUCAAGAUGAGGUUGAUGGAGGCGAUUCACAAAAGAAACAGCUCACAAAUCCUCAUGUGGAGCUUCAAUUUUCGGACGCGAAUGCCAAGUUUUACUGUCGGCUUUACUACGCGGGAGAGUUUCAUAAGAUGCGUGAGGUGAUUCUGGGCAGCAGCGAGGAAGAUUUCAUUCGUUCACUCUCUCACUCCUCGCCCUGGCAGGCCCGAGGAGGCAAGUCGGGAGCAGCCUUCUAUGCCACCGAAGACGACCGAUUCAUUUUGAAGCAAAUGCCUCGUCUGGAAGUCCAGUCAUUCCUUGACUUCGCACCACAUUACUUCAAUUAUAUCACAAAUGCUGUUCAACAAAAGAGGCCCACCGCAUUGGCCAAAAUUCUCGGCGUGUACAGAAUUGGUUAUAAGAAUUCUCAGAACAAUACCGAGAAGAAGUUAGAUCUACUUGUCAUGGAAAAUCUUUUCUAUGGGAGAAAGAUGGCACAGGUUUUUGAUUUGAAGGGUUCCCUUCGGAAUCGAAAUGUCAAAACUGACACUGGGAAAGAGAGUUGUGAUGUGGUCCUGCUGGACGAAAACCUCUUGAAGAUGGUUCGCGACAACCCUCUGUAUAUCCGCUCUCAUUCCAAAGCUGUGCUGCGCGCCUCCAUCCGUAGCGACUCCCACUUCCUCUCGAGCCACCUCAUCAUAGAUUAUUCUCUGCUGGUUGGGCGCGAUGAUACCAGCAACGAGCUGGUAGUUGGGAUUAUAGAUUACAUUAGAACAUUUACCUGGGAUAAAAAGCUUGAGAUGGUUGUGAAAUCUACCGGAAUUUUAGGAGGACAAGGUAAAAUGCCAACUGUGGUCUCUCCAGAAUUGUACAGGACUAGAUUUUGUGAGGCCAUGGACAAGUACUUCCUGAUGGUCCCAGACCACUGGACAGGCUUGGGUCUGAAUUGCUGAAAUGAAGCACUUGUCCUGAAGUGGACCGUGAAAGAAAGAGCACUGGAACGAAGGACCAAAAAUAAGCUACUUCUUUGAUUCAUCAUAUUCACCACUUUCUGCAAAGGCCUUUGAGUGUUGAGACUCCGGAGGCUGUCAUCAGUGAUGGAUUCAGACUCCGUAGACUUGGUUUUUUGAUAUCGUAAAUUAGCCACCUGUAGGAUGGAAAAGUGUGAACAUUUUUUUCCCUCCCACUAAAGCUGAAUGUAGGCUCAUUUUAAAGGGAUAAGGACAAAUGUAUAGCUGGAGGCAAGGAGAUCAAGUGAAAACUAGGGUGUCAUCUUUGCUAAGAGCUUCGCUCAGAAAUAAGUGUCUCAUAGACUGAUUAUCCUGGCAUCACAUUUGAGUCUUUCUUUGCUGAGAAAGACUUCAUAGAUCAUGGUGACCUUGUAUGUCUUAAUGGAACAAUUGAAUGUGGCCUAUUAACAGAAUUUCUGAAGCUGUUUAUAAAAAUUCUGAAUUAUUUUUAUGAAAGUUUUCAGUGAAACAUAUUGAUCCUAUUUUAUGUGUUGUAUUUAAGGAGAUAUCUGGCAUAAAAUUUAGACUCCGGUCAGGUUUUUGUAUUUUGCCCUGUUUUGAAGUAUGUUUGUUGUUUUAAAAAUUCUGUUAACUCUGGGUGGCAGGAGGCUGCCGCCAGUAGUUGUAAGUUUUUGAGGUGGCUUUUUUUUUUUAAGUUUGUUUACAGCAUUUGUGUAAUUGUUAUGUGAAACUGCACUUUUCUGCACAUGCUUUUAUUCUAGGCUUCUCUCUGACUUCAAGGAAACAUUAAUAAAUGAAUUUGAAUGAGUGAACCCUGUAAAGGGAGGGAUCCCUUCCUUAUUUAAUGAAGGAUUUUUUUUUUAAAUGUAAAAGAUGAGUGAAAAUUAGGUGAGAGGUAGAUGGCUGUUUGUUUUGUGUAUCAGCAAAGUUUUACUUUCAGUCUAGCCAGCAAUUUAAGUGGGAUCUGUAAGAUUCGAAAUAUUCAGUGUGGACGCCCUUAUUUUCUAACUUUCUCAACCAGGUUUUUUUGUCCACUGAUUACUGAGAAAUGUUAAGUGAUAACUAUGGGAGCUUCUUAUUUGAUAGAGAUCUUCAUUGUUCUUUUAAAACGAUCAGAAAUACUAAACUGUCUUUGAGAAAAAGGCUUAAUCCCAGAUGUUUCCUCAUGGGUUCUGUCUAUAUAACAAGAGUAAUUUUGGGAAUUUAAGUAGUUUCAAAUGCUCUUCUCUUUUUCCGCCUUAUACUAGCAUAUUUCUGUUGUAAUUUUCACAUAGUAAGCAAAAGAAAUCAGAUACAUUCCAGUUACAGAGAUUCUGUAGUAUGAACCUACAUAGAAAUGUGAAUAUUUUGGAAUAUAUGUUUUAGAGAAUGAAAACAUUAGUUCGGCAUUUGGGGCUUAUUAGAAGCCUGGCUUGUUUAGUUAGCAGCAAGUUGUCCAAGUAUUUACGACUAGUUGGAUGAUAAGCACUUUUUUUUUUAAGGAAAACCUGUUGCGUGCCUUUUAAAAACAUAAAACACCUGUGAUUUUAGUUUUGAUAUCAGCUAGUAAGGAGUUGGACAGGAAUGAAAGAGAGUGGAGGAUUACUAGCUUACUCUGUGUUUACAGACAGUGGAUUUCAUGUCUCUUUUAAAAUGCAAACACUGUAUGUUCCGCUUUAUUUUUCGAGCAGCACAGGGUCAGGGUUAUUCAUCCGUUUCCAGUCGCCAGCACUUCAGGUGAAGGCAUCUGGCUGUCGCUAAGAGAGUCAGUGGUUCCCUGCAGGCCCAGUACCAUGGAUGUAGCUUGAAUAGCCCAUUGGCCGAGUUCCCAACAGUUACAGCAUCUUGUGUUGAUGGUGUUUUCCUUGCCCAGGACUUGAAGAGAGUAUUGCUGCCCCUUAGGUAGUUUGGUGGCUAAAAAUGACUCCGGUAUAAUAUAAUCUAAAGUAAGAGCUGCUGCUUCGUAGGGGUAAUCAGCCCUUUCAAAACUGUCUUAAGGGAGGGGACAUACGACAUUUCUUUGUUGUGAGUGGCAGGUUUGUAUCCUCAGCCCGGAGCUGCUCUUACUCAGACCACUACCAUAGUUAGAACUUGUUCUGUAUAUUGUGCUGGUCAGUAUUAAGUAUUGAAUGUUGAAUGACCAUUCACCUCUCUUCAGUUCCACUUUAAAGCCCGGGGAGCAUAUUCAUGGUGAAAAGUUAGGAGUAAGGAUAAAAACUUUCUUCCUUAGAAUGAAGCAUAAUCCUCAGAACAGUUGAUAAGUAGCACAACAAAAUGAUACGAACACAUUACAUUGUAUAAAAAAAUCUUAUUUAUAAAUGUGAAACUUUUUAAGGCCAUAAAAACUUUAUUAAUUAAUAAAAAGAAUUUUUUUUUCUUACAUAAGCCUAAGAAAAACAAGGGGGGAGGGACAUGGUAAGUCCUUUUAUAGUCUUGAAUAUUUUGAAUUUAUAGAUAAUCAAACUUUCCUACACAAUGUCUUCAAAUUUGUUUCUUGAUUCUGCAAGUCAGUAGUUUUCUAGCUUUGGCUUUUAAUAGAUGUUGUAAAUAGUAGGGUUGUAUUGGUUUUUGUGGCUUCAGCUUCUCCUUGGCAUUAUUACCCUGUAAAGUGGACUACAAUCAAACUGCCAGGGGUGACAGCCUGUAGAGCGUUUGCUUAGCUGCCAGGGAGAAAACUACUGUGGAUGAGCCUGAUGGUGCAACCAACCAAGCCGUUCAUUAUUCUUCAAGUGUUAACAUACUGACUGAUGCAGUGUUCAAACCAUCUCGUGCAAUGCCCUUUUCCAUUUUUUUUUUUGUAACAUGAGUGCAGUGUAUUAUAGAAAAACAAAAAUUGCAAUCAUGAGCAGUGUUAUUAAUGCUGCUGUGUUGGUUUUGUAAAAAAUGUACAUUUUGUCUUUAAGGCAGAUUGCAUUUUAACUAGAGAAGUGACGUUGUAAAUCAGAUUAGCCUCUUUUAAUUUAAUAUGAAAAAUUUAAUUAACAAUACUGAAAAUACUUAAUGUAAUAUAUUGUAUAUUUUAUCUACUUUGGUUCUAGCUGUUUUAUAUGAUUGACACAUUAUUUAAAUGAUAACUGCCUUGACAUUUUGGAGACUUAAUACUGUAAAAUAAAACUGACUUACAAUAAAUGGAGAAUCUACUGCA